GACAAUGACCGGCGCCGGCGCGCGGGACUCUGCGUGAGGCGAGCGCCGAGGCUCCCGAAGCGGAUCCCUACCUGUAUCAAGGACCUGCCAGUCUGAGAAGUUUCUUGUCAUAAGGCCAUCCAGGGGCCACCCGCCCCUACAUUACCAGCCUCCGGCAUGCAGGAUACCGUAACAACAUCAGCAUUGUUGGACCCCAGCCACUCCUCGGUCUCCACCCAGGACAAGUCCUCCACUGGAGGACACACUUCAAGCACAGGCCCACAGCCCUCAAAGCCUUCAAUCACACCAGUCCCUGCAAAGUCCAGGAACUCACAUCCUGGGGCCAAUUUCCAUCGGAUGCGCCGGAUCAUUGCUGAGGAUCCUGAGUGGUCACUGGCCAUCGUGCCCCUCCUCACAGAGCUCUGCAUUCAGCACAUCAUCAGGAACUUCCAGAAAAACCCUAUCCUGAAGCAGAUGCUCCCGGAACACCAGCAGAAGGUCCUGAACCACCUGUCCCCUGACCUACCACUGGCUGUGACCGCCAACCUGAUAGACAAUGAGAACUACUGGUUCCGCUGCUGCAUGCAGCGCUGGCCCGUGUGCCACGUGGCCCACCAUGGCGGCAGCUGGAAACGCAUGUUCUUUGAGCGGCACCUGGAGAACCUGCUAAAGCACUUUAUCCCAGGCACCACGGACCCCGCGGUGAUCCUCGACCUGCUGCCGCUCUGCAGGAAUUAUGUGCGCAGGGUCCACGUCGAUCAGUUCCUUCCUCCCGUGCGGCUCCCGGCCCAGCUCCGGCCGGGCGACCAGUCGGACUCAGGCAGCGAGGGAGAGAUGGAGGAGCCCCCCGUUGACCACUAUCAACUAGGCGAUCUGGUAGCUGGCCUGAGCCACCUGGAGGAGCUGGACCUGGUGUACGAUGUCAAGGACUGCGGCAUGAAUUUCGAGUGGAAUCUCUUCCUCUUCACCUACCGCGACUGCCACUCCUUGGCAGCCGCCAUCAAGGCGUGCCACACCCUCAAGAUCUUCAAGCUGACCCGAAGCAAGGUGGAUGAUGACAAGGCACGCAUCAUAAUUCGAAGUCUUCUGGACCACCCAGUCCUUGAGGAGCUGGACUUGUCACACAACCUCAUUGGGGACCGUGGUGCACGAGGUGCUGCCAAGCUGCUGAGCCACAGCCGCCUGCGUGUGCUCAACCUGGCCAACAACCAGGUGCGUGCAGCUGGUGCCCAGUCGCUGGCUCAUGCUCUGGCACACAACACCAACCUCAUUUCCCUCAACCUACGUCUCAACUGCAUUGAGGAUGAGGGUGGCCAGGCUCUUGCCCAUGCCUUGCAGACCAACAAGUGCCUCACCACACUGCACCUCGGUGGCAAUGAGCUGUCUGAACCCACCGCCACACUCCUGUCGCAGGUGCUCGCCAUCAACACCACACUCACCAGCAUCAACCUGUCCUGCAACCACAUCGGGCUGGACGGUGGGAAGCAACUCCUGGAAGGCAUGUCGGACAACAAGACCCUCCUGGAAUUUGACUUGCGCCUGUCAGAUGUGGCCCAGGAAAGCGAGUACCUCAUUGGCCAGGCCCUCUACGCAAACCGAGAAGCAGCCCGCCAGCGGGCCUUGAAUCCCAGCCACUUCAUGUCAACCAUCACUGCCAAUGGCCCUGAGAACUCUGUGGGAUAAAAUGACCUGACUUGGA